AUGAAUGAUUUUUCUAUCGAGGAUUCAAACACUAAUAACCAGAAUUUGUCAUCAUCAUCAUCAUCAUCACCAAAGGAAGAAUCUAUUGAAAUGUUAGAUAUUGAUAAAUCAGAAUAUUCAAAGUUACCCGAGAUAACAACCACUACAAUAAAUAAACCUGGAUCAACUUCAUCGAAUGAAUCCCUUUUACCAAAUAAAUUAUUGCAUCCUGCUUCUCAUUUAACUGAUUUAGAAGACUUACCACAAGGUAGACAUUUAGGACUAUUUUCAACCAUAAUAUUAUUUAUAAGUAGGAUAUUAGGUAGUGGUAUUUUUAGUAUAACAUCUGGAAUAUAUAUAGAUGUUGGACAAUCACCAUUUUUGUUCUUCUUGGCAUGGUUUUUAGCAUGUAUUGCAUCAUUUGGUGGCUUAUAUGUAUUUUUGGAAAUGGGAUCAUUAGUUCCAAGAAGUGGUGGUGCAAAAGUAUUUUUGGAAUUUAUUUAUACAAAACCUCAAUUAUUAGCUACUGUUGCAUUUUCAAUAUAUUCUGUUAUGUUUGGUUUUACUAUAAGUAAUGUGUUAGUAUUUGGAGAAUAUUUUAUUCAUUCUUUGGGAUUAAAAGUAACUCCUUUUAAUUUAAGACUUAGUGGAUUAAUUUUCUUAUACGGAGCUGCUUUAAUUCAUGGUGUUAGUGUCAAUCAUGGAGUCAAAGUUCAAAAUAUUUUAGGUGGUUUAAAAUUAGUCUUAGUUGGUAUAAUGGUAUUAACUGGACUUUACGUAAUGAUAUUUCCUAAAAAAAUUACACAUUUGGAAAAUAAUUUAACUUGGGAUUCAUUUUGGACUAUCAAAACAUCAACAAAUUUAGCUUCGUUUUCAAGUGCUGUUAUUAAAGCAAGUUUUGCAUUUAGUGGUUGGAAUUCUGUACAUACUGUAUCAAAUGAAAUUAAAGAUCCUGUUAAAACUUUUAAAAUUGCAGGACCUGUAUCAUUGGCGAUAAUGACAGUAACUUAUUUCAUAAUAAAUUUUGCAUAUUUGAAAGUUAUACCAGAUGAAGAAAUUGUUAAUUCAUCUACUUUAGUUGGAUCCAUAUUAUUCGAAAAAAUCUUAGGUAAAGAAUUAGGCCGUCAUUUUUUAACAUUUUCAAUUGCAUUAUGUGCUGGUGGAAAUAUAUUUGUUGUCAUUUAUACUAUAUCACGAGUUGAUCAAGAAGUAUUUAGAGAAGGUUAUUUACCAUUUUCAAAAUUUAUGGCUUCAAAUUGGCCGUUUGGUGCACCAAUGAGAUCUUUAAUUUUAAGUUGUUCAAUAACCACAAUACUUUUAGUCGGAUUUCCCAAAGGUGAUAUUUACUCAUAUAUGGUUUCAUUAGAAGGAUAUCCAUCACAAAUUGCAGUAGCACUUAUAUCUGUUGGGGUAUUUAUUAUUCGUAAAAGAUAUCCUGAUUUACAUGCACCAAUAAAAGCUGGCUUUUUAGGUACAAUCUCAGUAUUGAUCAUAAGUAUUUAUUUAACAAUUGGACCAUUUAUUUCGAGCAGUUCACCAAAUCCAAAAGGUUUAGAAAGCUGGCCAAAUUAUGGAUUAGUAGGACUUAUUUGUAUUUCUAUUUGUAUUUUAUAUUGGGCAGUGAUGUUUAAAAUCUUACCAUAUUUUGGUAAUUAUGAAUUAAUUUGUGAAGAAACCAAAUUAAGUGAUGGUUUAACUAUAAAACAAUGGGAAAAAAUACAAAAUUAUUCAAACAUUCCUUAUAGAAGUGUGAUAGAUGAAACUGUUGGAUAA